UAAUCCACUUCCAUAAAGAGAAACCAAGGAUUUGCCGAGAGACCAGAGAAUGCAAUAUAUACCUACUUAACACGUCUGUCUUCAGCAGACAGCCUGGAAGAGGUUCAUCUUUUCUUCUGAAAGUAGGUGUCAAGAGAACUUUCCAUCAUGACUGAGAAACGGUUGUCUAGCAGUAAAAAACACAGCCUGAAGAGCAUGAUGCUCCAGGUUGCAAAAGACUUGUUGGAAGCGGAGGAGAAAGAGAAGCAGAUUGAGAGGCAGACAUACAUGGAAGAACACUGUCCACCACUUUCUUACCCAAGCUCCAAAGCCGAACUCGAGGCACUUUGCAGAGAGUUACAUGGAAAAAUCGAAGUUAUUGACGAAGAGAGGUAUGUCCUGGAGCAAAAAGCAAUUAUGGUUGUCAAUGAGGUCAAAGACUUAAACAUCAAAAUCGUCGAUCUAAAGGGCAAGUUUAAGAAACCUCCUUUAAAGAAAGUACGCAUGUCUGCCGACGCUAUGCUUCAAGCUCUGCUUGGCUCCAAACACAAGGUGUCCAUGGACCUGAGAGCCAAUCUGAAACAAGUCAAGAAGGAGGUGAAAGAGGAGGAUAAGGAACUACGUGAUGUUGUUGACUGGCGUAAGAACAUUGAAGACAAGGCUGGCAUGGGUGGCAGGAAGAAGAUGUUUGAAACUGAAUCUUAAAGACAGUUUGUAGGAUUGGCAGCCGACGAUGAGUCUUCUGUUACUCACAGGCUUUGCUGGAACUGAUCUAUGGACAGUUUUACUUUUAGUCCAUAGAGAUUGCAACUCAUCAGUUGUCAAAAGAAACCAAACCAAACAUUGUUUUCCAAGCUUCUUUAAGUAAUAAACUAUGCUUUUUCUAAAUAAAUACCUCAACACAGAUUGUUGUUGUAUUUAAUUUUUUUACUUGCAAUUUUUAAAGUUUGAUUUUAGGUCUAACAGCGGCACAAUUUUUUUACGAGCGGGUUAAUUCGCAUUAAUUCGUAAAUCUAAUUUGUAUUAAUUCGUACAAUGCUUUUGUACCAGAAUGAUCACACGGAUAGUUGUGUUAUAGUCACAAAAAAUUUGAUUAAUUUAUUCGUGUCCAUGGCAUGAAAUUCAGCUUUUUUUGUGCCUUGAGCACGAAUGUCUUUUUCGUGUCACUUGCACAAAUUUCUGUAAAGUUUUCGUGUCAGUGGCACGACUUUCUUUAUAAUGUUAUUUUAUGUAUUGUUUUCUCUUUUUUCUUAUUUUCUUACCAUUGUCGCUUGGGUUGGGGUUAGAAUCACUUUCUGUUACAUAUUUAGACAUCCUUAAGGGGAUCGCACAACGGCCGCGGCGUUCUAAAAAAUCGAACACAUUGUUUUCUAAUGAGUAUACGCACACCGGCGCCGCCAGGUGGCAUUUUUGCAUUUUGAAGUAGACGAAGCCCGCGCUAUUUAAUGUGCACUUCCGGUUUACAAUACCUACGAGUUGUCCUAGACGCAACUCGACGCGGCGCGACGCUGAGCUGCGCGGCCGGUGUGCGAUCCCCUUUACCCAAACUCUAACCGAAAUUUCAGGCGAGAAUAGUUUUAAAAACGGAAGAAAAACAUGUAGAAACCAAUACUUAAAAGUACAUCCUAACCCAAACCCCAAAUCUAACCCCAACCCCAAGCGACAAUGAUUUAAAAAUAGGGGGGAAAAAUGAGAAAACAAUACAUAAAAUAAAAUAAAAAAAGAAAGUUGUGCCACGGACACGAAAAACUGUUUAUAGAAAUUUCUGCGAAAGGCAUUAAAAAAGCUGAAUUUCAUGCCAUGGAUACUAAUAAAUUAAUAAAUUUUUUCAUGACUAUAACAAGACUUUCCGUGAGAUUAUGCUGUUUUUGUGCGAUUUGCUUUCGAGUGAUGUUAGGGGUGUGGUAUCGUUAGUUGUUUUUUUAUAAUCAUACGUAAUCUAUGAAUAUUUUCAAUUAUUGGUCACUUACAGUAUUAGUGUGAAGUAAAAGUAAUCCUUUCAAAUUAAACAAAAAGGAAAAUUGAUGCACGUUUACGUCAAUUAUUAUUAUUAUAUAAAUUAAAUAAAAUUUACCGAAAUGCCCAUUUCUUUGAUUUGUUUAUUCUUAAAGCAACACUAAAGAGUUUUUGCUCUUUGCUCCCCCAACAGGUUGGAAGCGGAAAUGUCCAUUACCACUAUCGUAAAUAAUUUAGCGUACUGUAGCAAAGCUGGCUCUGAUUGGAUUGUAGGUCUGCCGUAAAGCAAGUUUUAGUUUUCACUCGAACUACAGGACCGCGACCCAACGGUUGGAAACUUCUUUAGUGCGGUUUUGGCCGAUAGAGGGCUGCAAAGCGAAUGUGAAAGUUUCGAGUGGAUGAACGACUGAAAAUUUAGCUUGAAUUAAGUGUUUAAAAAAAGUCUUAUUUCAAGAUUUUUUUUCUCAUCCCAUUGGCAGAUAUUUUUGCUUGUUUUAAGCACAAAUUCUCUUAAAUUGUAUAUUUUUGUUCUAAAAAUUUGACUUAUUUUCUUAGGUCAUUUUGCUCAUCAAGACAAAGCAUCUGAAUUUAAGAAUUUGUAGAUAUUUCUACUAAAACAAGACAAAAAUACUAAGUAAGAAAGUUAUUUUUUGCAGUGAGCAUCUAGAUUCAUGGCAAGAACUAAUCCAUACACAAGUUAAUCCAAACACACAGGGGAGGGUCAAUUUGACAUCUCAAAUUCCCCUAACCUGCAUGUUUUUGGCCUGUGGGAGGAGACUGGAGUACCCGAAGUAAACCCAUGCUGACACAGGGAGAACAUGCAAACUCACACAGAAAGGCCACCUGAUCAAACCAGAAAACUUAUUGCUGUGUGGAAACCACUGUGCCACCCCAUCAUUUCUUUAAAACUUUAAAUUAAUUUAAAGUCCCCAGCUAUAUAACCAAUUUCUUUAUCAUAAAGGUAAGAUUCUCCUGUUGACCUACACUUUAAAAAAUAAAGGCGUUUCAUGAUGCCAUAAAAGAACCUUUUCUGUCUAAAUGGUUCUUUAAAGCACCUUUAACAGUUAAAGAUCCUUUCUGUUUCACAAAAGAAAUUUGACUAAAUGAUUCUUUAUGGAACUAAAAAGGUUCUUAUAUCGCUGCAAAACAACCUUCAAGUACCUAUAUUUUUAAGAGUGUAAAUUUUUAAUUAACACAAACAGUACAGUAUCCAAAAUAUUAAUGCAAUAUUUUAUCAUUUUUCCAGAAUGAUGUCCUGUAUGUCUUCAUGGAUCAUUGUGUGAAUAAAGCCAAGAUUCAAUACAUCUCCCCAGGACGUGUCCACUAACGUCUGAUAUCGAUGUGUGCUCUGAUCCAUGGGUCUUAGCAACACAGCAGUUCCUUACAGAGAAAUCUGAGGUUUGCUGAGCCAUCAGAGAAUGCAAUUAAAACCCAUCACUGCUUUUCAGCGGCUUGUUUAUCCUGCUCGCCGCUUGCUUUGGGAUUUAUCAUGAAAGUAACCAGAAUGGAUGGAGUUUUUAGCGACAUCUAUUGGUCACGUGUUGUACUGCAGUGCCUUACCAUAAAGAGUGGAGAAGUAGGAUGAUGCCAGGCUUAUAUACCCCAUAUGAGCGCCGUCCCACUGCUAGUGGUCUGCUUUCCACAGACAUUCUUCUUUCUGGUGCACAUCACUGCCGUAUAUUCCCAUACAGGUGGUGAGAACAAGAACGGGUGGCCAACAUGUCCGA